UGCAUCGCUGAUGUUCUCUCUUGGUUUAUUGGAAAUCCUUUAAUGAUCAAUGACGCGAAAACUGACUUUCUAAUUAUUGGCACCCGUCAACAACUUGAAAAAACAUCUAUUGAAUCUAUUAUCAUUGGUGACACUGUCAUUAAACCUUUAGAAAGCGUCCGGAACCUUGGAUCCUGGUUCGAUGCUCAUAUGCGAAUGGAUGUUCACGUAGGCAAGAUUUGUAGCAAGGCUUUUCGCGGACUAUACAACAUAAGACAGAUCAGAAAGUUCCUUACCGUGCAAUCCACAAAGACAUUGAUCCAUGCCUUUGUAUCUUAGCACCUUGAUUACUAUAACGCACUUCUAUUUGGUCUACCUAAAUAUCGGCUUGAUCGUCUACAGAAAGUCCAGAAUGCCGCGGCACGAGUGACUUUUCAGAUUGCGAAAUUUGAUCAUAUCACACCCGCUCUUAUGGACUUACAUUGGCUUCCAGUGACGGUUAGAGUUCAGUUCAAAUUGUUCCUUUUUGUUUACAAGUCACUACACAACCAAAGUCCAUCCUACAUUAAAGAUCUUUUAUCCAUGAAACCAGCUGCUAAUUAUGCUCUUCGUUCGUCCGCACAAUCUCUUCUGUUCGUUCCAACAGUCAACUGCUCUACACUUGGGGAUCGGGCCUUUGCUCAUGCUGCACCUGUUUUAUGGAACUCGCUGCCAUUAACUACAAGAACAAGUAG